AUGCCAGUCCAGUCCAGUCCACACCAAUCCGGUCCAGUCCAGUCCAGUCCAUUCAAGCACCGUCCAGUCCAAUCCAGUCCAGUCCAUUCCAGUCCACCCCAUCCCUUCCAGUCCAUUCUAGUCCAGUCCAGUCCAGUGCAGAUUAGUACAGCCACGUCCACUCCAGUCCAGUCCAGUCCAAUCCAGUCCAGUCAAUUCCAGGCCAGUCCAACCCAGUCCAGUCAAUUCCAGUCCAGUCCAGCACAGUCCAGUCCAGUCCAGUCCAGUCCAAUCCAGUCCAGUCCAUUCCUUUCCAGUCCAGUCCACUCCAGUCCAAUCCAUUGCAGUCUAGUCCACGCCAGGCCAGUCCAGUCCAGUACAGUCCAGUCACGUCCAUUGCAGUUUUGUAUAGUCAUGUCCACUGCAGACCAGUCCAAUCCCAUCCAGGCCAGUCCAGUCCAGUCCAGUCCAAUCCAGUCCAGUCCAUUCCUUCCCAGUCCAGUCCAGUCCAGUCCACUCCAUUGCAGCCCAGUCCACGCCAGUCCAGUCCAGUCCAGUACAGUCCAGUCACGUCCAGUGCAGCUUUGUGUAGUCAUGUCCACUGCAGACCAGUCCAAUCCCAUCCAGGCCAGUCCAGUCCAAUCCGGUCCAACCGUGUCCAGUCCAGUACAUUCCGGUCCAGCAAAGUGCAGUCCAGUCCAGUCCAGUCGAGUGCAGUCCAGUCCAGACCAGUCCAGUCCGGUCCAGUCCAGUCCAGUCCAGUCCAGUCCAGUCCAGUCCAGUCCAGUCCAGUCCACUCGAUUCCGGUUUUUACAGUCCAGUCAAGUCCAGUUCAGCACAGUCCAGUCCAGUCCGGUCCCGUCCAGUCCAGUCCAGUCCAGUCCAUCCAGUCCAGUCCCGUCCACACCAGGCCAGUCCAGUCCAGUCGAGUUCAGUCCCGUCCAGUGCAGUCCGGUCCACUCCAUUGCAGUCCAUUCCAGUCCACUCCAGUUCAUUCCAGUCCAGACCUGUCCAGUGCAGUUUAGCACAGUCUCGUCCAGUCCAGUCCAGUCCAGUCCAAUCCAGGACAGUCCAGUCCUGUCCAGUCAAGCACAGUCCGGUUCAGUGCAGUGCAGUCCACUCCAUUGCAGUCCAGCCCACUCCAGUCCAGUCUUGUCCAGNAGUCCAGUCCAGUCCAGUCCAGUCCAGUCCAGUCCAACCUUGUCCAGUCCAGUCCAGUCCAGUCCAGUCCAGUCCAGUCCAGUCCAACCCGAUCCGGUACAGUCCAGUCCGGUCCAGUCGAGUCCAGCUAUGCCCAAACCAGCCCAUUCCAAUUUAGUCCAGUCCAGUCCAGUGCUUCCAGUUCAGCCCAGUCCAGUCCAGUCCGGUCCAGUCCAUUCUAGUCAAAUCCAGUACAGUUCAGCCCAGUCCAAUCCAGUCCGGUCCAUUCCAGUCCAGUCCAGUCCAGUCCAGUCCAGUCCAGUGAAGAUUAGUACAGCCACGUCCACUCCAGUCCAGUCCAGUCUAAUCCAGGCCAGUCCAGUCCAGUCCAGUCCAUCCCUGUCCAGUGCAGUCCAGUACAGUCCAGCACAGUCCAGUCCAGUCCAGUCCAGUCCAAUCCAGUCCAGUCAAUUCCUUUCCAGUCCAGUCCAGUAG